ACAAGAAGAAGAUGAUGACGUCUCGAAUAGCUCAGGGAGUAGGAGCUAAUCUUCUGGGCCAACACUCCACUGAGAGGAACCAAGAAGCUACUGUUUACGUCAGGAAUCUCGAUCCCCAGAUUUCUGAAGAGUUGCUUUGGGAAUUGUUCAGACAAGCCGGCCCCGUUGUUAACGUCUAUGUCCCGAAAGAUAGGGUGACAAAUCUUCAACAAAGUUAUGGAUUCGUUGAGUUCCGAAGAGAAGAAGAUGCUGACUAUGCAGUUAAGGUUCUUAAUAUGAUUAAGCUCGGUGGACAUCUUAUAAAUGUCAAGAAGGCGACUCAAGAUAAGAAGAACUUGGAUGUUGGUGCUAACCUUUUCAUUGGAAACCUUGACCCUGAUGUAGAUGAAAAGCUCUUGUAUGAUACUUUUAGCGCGUUUGGUGUGAUUGUUUCUAAUCCUAAGAUAAUGCGAGAUCCUGAAACCGGGAAUCCACGAGGUUUCGGUUUCGGUUUCAUCAGCUAUGACUCCUUUGAUGCUUCUGAUGCUGCUAUUGAGGCAAUGACCGGACAAUAUCUCUGUAAUCGUCAAAUAACAGUCUCUUACGCAUACAAGAAAGACACAAAAGGAGAGCGCCACGGUACUCCAGCACAGAGGCUUUUGGCUGCCACAAAUCCAAGUUCCAGACCCCACAAACUAUACGCAAGCGGCCCGGCUACGCGUCCUAAUGCUCCUCAAGCUAACGGUCUACAACGUCCGUUUGCCAAUGGUGGCAUACGACCUGUGCCGAUCCCAGCUCAACGUCCACCACCACCACAAGCCUAUCAAAAUCAGCCACAACAACAACACGGCUUAGCGGUUCCACCACCCAUGGAACUCCGUCCUCCCCAGCUUAUUCAUCACCAACAAGGUUUUGGUGGACCAAUGCCACCACCACCACAUCAAGCCACGCCGCAACACAUGCAGCAAGGUGGACCACCACCACCACCACCUAUGCACCACCAUCAUCAAAUGUCUAUGCCGCCUCCACCACCACCACACCAAGGUUGAUAAUCAUCUUUUCAGUCUUGGGACCUAACCAACCAUUUGUAAGCCCUUUCUUCCAUAGCAAGUAACCACAAGAAUUUUUCUCACUGCAGUUUUAGAGACUCU